AUGAAUGAAUUGGACAGCUUACGUCAGGAGGCGGAAACCCUCAAAAAUGCGAUACGAGAUGCUCGCAAAGCCGCGUGCGACACUUCGCUUGCGCAGGCGACGGCCAACUUGGAGCCAAUUGGCCGAAUUCAAAUGCGCACGCGCAGAACGCUGCGCGGACAUCUCGCGAAGAUUUAUGCGAUGCACUGGGGUAGUGACUCUAGGAACUUAGUAUCGGCCAGCCAGGACGGAAAACUCAUUGUUUGGGACAGCCACACCACGAAUAAGGUGCACGCGAUACCGCUGCGCUCUUCGUGGGUUAUGACGUGCGCGUACGCACCUUCCGGAUCGUACGUCGCUUGCGGUGGUCUAGAUAACAUCUGCUCCAUUUAUAGCCUGAAGACACGCGAAGGAAACGUGCGCGUUUCACGUGAACUGCCCGGUCAUUCUGGUUACCUGUCUUGCUGUCGCUUCCUCGAUGACAACCAGAUUCUGACCAGCUCUGGAGAUAUGACCUGCGCCCUCUGGGAUAUCGAGACCGGUCAGCAGUGCGGACAAUUUACUGGUCACACAGGUGACGUCAUGUCCCUGUCUCUGGCGCCGGACCAACGGACAUUCGUGUCGGGCGCAUGCGACGCAUCCGCCAAGCUCUGGGACAUCCGCGACUGCCAGUGCAAGCAGACCUUCCCGGGACACGAGAGUGACAUUAACGCUGUUACUUUCUUCCCGUCUGGCUUUGCAUUCGCGACGGGCUCCGACGACGCGACGUGCCGCAUGUUCGAUAUCCGCGCGGACCAAGAGCUCGCUAUGUACUCGCACGACAACAUAAUUUGCGGCAUCACUUCCGUCGCUUUCUCGAAGUCGGGUCGGCUGUUGCUCGCCGGAUACGACGACUUCAACUGCAACGUCUGGGACUCGAUGAAGAGCGAACGUGCCGGUAUCCUAGCCGGUCACGACAACCGCGUGUCCUGUCUUGGCGUGACCGAGAACGGAAUGGCCGUCGCCACCGGUUCCUGGGACUCGUUCCUGCGCAUCUGGAACUAA